AUGCAGUGGUGGCUCUCGUGUCUAUCCGGUGGUGGCUCUUCGCAUCGAACCAAAGGCAACAAUACCGAGGCCAGUUUCUCGUUUCGUGGUUCGAGCGUCACAUGGUACACACGAACUGCACCAGACGGUGGCAUAGCCCUCGUGUAUAUCGACGAGGCUCUCCCGCCGACGCGAAUCAACACUUACUCCCCGGUGGUCGACGAGGCGAAACCAAUCUUCAGCAGGGCAAAUCUCGACCCUUCAACAACACAUAAAAUCACUGUUCAAUAUGAUGCCUCGACGUAUGUGGAAACCAACACCAACGAAAAAUUCGUCGACGUCUGCUAUUUUGAAUACGACGACAGCGGCGGCUCAGGUGGUUCGGGGGCAAGUGCUCCGGCAACGACGAUCAGUGGGUCCACCUCUUCGUCUUCUUCAUCAUCUGGAACACGCUCGACUAGCACAACAGCAUCCAGUAUAUCAUCCUCUCGCACAGGUACCAGCGGCACUACUUCCCUCACUGGCACAUUGUCCAAUGGUCAGCUUGUGAGUCUCGAGUCUGGUGUUGGCCAUACGGCGUCCGUUGCGGGUGGGCAAUCUGCAGCCGUCGGCAACGUCAGUCAAGGAGGUGGAGGUGGGUCAGGCGUCCCAGUAUCUGCGUUAGUAGGAUUCGCUCUUGGCGUCGUGUUCAUUGGUGCCCUCCUUGCGUUGUUCUGGUUUUGGAGGCGCCGAAAACGACGAGCGGCAUGGAAAUCACGUCAUUUUACCGACUCAAAGGAAGAGAUCCGCCGAGAGCCGGACCUGACCGUCGCGCCAACUCGGGAUAGUGCCGAGGGCGACUC